GGAAGCCGGAAGCUGCUUCCUGAGAAGCGUGUGGGGUGAUGUCCGCCAGCGGGGCUGUGCAGCCCGGUCCACCGGGGCCGGGGGCUGCAGUUGGGCCCUCGCCCUCCGCGGCCGGAUCGCCAGCCACGGGGCCCUUGUUCCGGCCCCUCAGCGCCGAGGACGAGGAGCAGCAGCCCACCGAGAUCGAGUCGCUGUGCAUGAACUGUUACCGUAACGGCACGACGCGCCUUCUGCUCACCAAGAUCCCCUUCUUUAGAGAAAUAAUCGUGAGCUCCUUUUUCUGCGAGCACUGCGGUUGGAACAACACGGAGAUCCAGUCAGCAGGCAGGAUCCAGGACCAGGGAGUGCGAUACACUUUGACCGUUAGGGGCCAAGAGGACAUGAACAGAGAAGUGGUGAAGACAGACUCUGCCACCACACGGAUCCCGGAACUGGAUUUUGAAAUUCCAGCCUUCAGCCAGAAGGGAGCUCUGACCACCGUUGAAGGAUUGAUCAGCCGUGCCAUCUCUGGCCUGGAGCAGGACCAGCCCACACGACGGGCGAUGGAACACACCAUAGCUGAAAGAAUUGAUGAGUUCAUCGGCAAACUGAAGGACCUAAAGAGGCUGGCUUCCCCGUUCACUCUGAUCAUUGAUGAUCCCUCGGGAAACAGCUUUGUAGAAAACCCACAUGCUCCCCAGAAAGAUGAUGCCUUGGUGAUCACACACUACAACCGAACCCCACAGCAAGCCGAGAUGCUGGGGCUCCAAGCAGAAGCACCAGAAGAGAAGUCAGAAGAGGAAGAUCUCAGAAAUGAAGUGCUCCAGUUCAACACCAACUGCCCAGAGUGCAAUGCCCCAGCUCAGACCAACAUGAAGCUAGUCCAAAUCCCCCACUUUAAAGAGGUUAUUAUCAUGGCCACCAACUGCGAGAACUGUGGGCAUCGGACUAAUGAGGUGAAGUCUGGAGGAGCGGUAGAGCCCUUGGGUACCAAGAUCACCUUCCACAUCACAGACCCCUCAGAUAUGACCAGAGACCUCCUCAAGUCUGAGACGUGCAGUGUGGAAAUCCCGGAGCUGGAGUUUGAACUGGGAAUGGCAGUCCUUGGGGGAAAGUUCACCACUCUGGAAGGGCUUCUGAAAGACAUCCGAGAACUGGUAACCAAGAACCCAUUCACACUGGGUGACAGCUCGAAUCCUGACCAGUCAGAGAAACUGCGGGAGUUUAGUCAGAAGUUGGACCAGAUCAUCGAGGGCAAGCUGAAAGCCCACUUUGUUAUGAACGAUCCAGCAGGAAACAGUUACCUACAGAAUGUGUAUGCCCCUGAAGAUGAUCCGGAGAUGAAGGUAGAGCGGUACACGCGUACCUUUGACCAAAAUGAGGAGCUUGGGCUCAAUGACAUGAAGACAGAGGGCUAUGAAGCAGGCCUGGCCCCACAGCGGUAGCAGCACACAGCUCUCAGGCCAUCUUCGAUGCCACCAGCUCCACAGACUUAUUUAUGACUGUUGAAAAACGAUGAACGUCCAAGCCCUUGCCCCUGGUGAGGAGGAUGUCGCUUGAGCCAGAGAUCUAAGCAUGAGAUGAGCAGCUGGAGAUGGAGCUGCAGCCCUCCUGUGCUCCCCGACCUUCUUUUGGAGGUUUUAAGUCAGCGUGAGAACUCAGAACACCGUGGGGUUUGCUAUCAGCUCUGCCCUCGAGCACUGAGACUGAUGUGAAAUACAAGUUCCAGCUGGCUUCGGGCUUGCCUAGCAGGAAGGAGCUUCUGGGGGGCUGUGGAGCACAGGGGAAGAAGCUAACAUUAAAGCGAUGGCUUUUAACAA